GGACUUAUUAGUUAUUUAACGAGUCUAUUUUUCUGGUCAACUAUUUAACGAGUCUAUAUGAAAAACUUAUUUGGAAUGUCCAUUUUCUUUUAACGUCCAUUUUCUCACUUUAUAUGGUUCUUUAUACAGUAAAAUAUCAAAUUUACUUGACUCGGCUUACUUUGAAAUGUCAAACAAUACUAACUGAGACAUUAUAAAAAUAAAAAAAAGAACGAAAUAGAGGUACGCAAGGAUAUAAAAUAUAUCGCUUAACAACAAAAAUAAACCUUUUAUUUUUCACUAUUAUGAAAUUUAACGUCUGAAAAUGCCAAAAUAGAUAGCGGCCAAAACGGAAGCAUCAUUCCUUUCUUUUACUUCAUCUCCUCAUUUCGCUCAUCACCAUAACUACGUACGCAACACAACAGAGAAAGCUCUUUGUGAUCGCAAACUCUUUUUUUUUCCAAUGACCUGAUCAUUACAUUUUUUCACUCAACUCCUGUUUAUAUACAAUAUAUCAACAAGAUCAAUCACACGUUUUUCGGAUUUUACUCAUCAUCUUUGAUCAACUAUUUGCAUUUUACGAAAAGGGGAGAGCUUACUCUUCCUUGUUUUUGAUUCGAAUAAGUCUUGUCCAUUCUGAUCCAAUGGCUGCGAUCACUGAGAAUGAUCCAAUGGCUGUGAUCACUGAGAAUGUACACACUGAGAAGCACAUUGAUGUUGCCAAAGAUGUUCAUGAAAUUUGUGUCAAAAGCGAUAGCGAAAAGACCAUUGGUGAUGGAAUUGAGAAAAUCGCGAUCACGAGUUCCAAAAAGGAGUCUGAGCUCAAACCUGAAUCCGAGUUAGAUAUGAAGAAUAUUGUAGCGAUGUUCAAGAAACUGAAUCCUUUGGCAAAGGAGUUUUUCCCUUCUUACCACAACAACACCAAGAAAAACAAUAAUACUGGGAAAGACAAUCAAAUUAUGCCGGCUGACGAUUUCGUGGCUAAAAAGAAUCAAUCCGGUGAAGAAUUUGAUCAUGAUCUCAAGAAGGAUGACAAUAACCGGAAGCGAAGAAACGGUUACAGCCAAGGGAGGAGGAGGUUAAAUGGAAGAAUUUCUAAGGCUGAGAGAGAGGAUAGUAUUAGAAGAACAGUAUAUGUUUCUGACAUUGACCAGAGUGUGACUGAGGAGGGUCUUGCUGGCUUGUUUAGUAACUGUGGACAAGUUGUUGACUGUCGAAUUUGUGGGGAUCCACAUUCAGUUCUUCGAUUUGCAUUUGUCGAGUUUGCUGAUGACCAGGGUGCAAGGGAAGCAUUAAGGCUUGGUGGAACGAUGCUUGGGUACUACCCGGUGAGGGUUUUACCCUCCAAAACUGCUAUUCUUCCAGUCAAUCCCACAUUUCUUCCCAGGUCAGAGGAUGAAAGGGAGAUGUGUUCAAGGACAAUCUAUUGCACAAAUAUCGACAAAAAGGUUUCUCAAGCUGAUGUGAGAAACUUUUUUGAGUCGGCAUGUGGUGAGGUAACUCGCCUAAGGCUUCUUGGCGAUCAACUGCAUUCAACUCGCAUAGCUUUUGUUGAAUUUGCUCUGGCAGAUAUAGCACUUAGGGCGCUCAGUUGCAGCGGGAUGGUCGUUGGAUCCCAACCUAUUAGGGUAAGUCCUUCAAAGACACCGGUGAGGCCACAAAUCACUCAACCACCUUCCACAAACUAGAGAGAGACCUGACAUUUCAUUUAUUUCAGUAAUCUUUUUUGUUUUCUGGUUUUCGUUAUCUUUUACUCUUUAGAACAGUUAUCUCCAGUUAUGUUAGUAGCUGGAAACACUAUGAUCCUGCUUCUGUCUUUGGAGAUCUUAUUAGUCUCUCUGUCUUUUCGACUGAGAUACUUUCAUCUGUUUCAUCAUCUUUCCUGUAUUGGAAUUUUGGAGCUUUUGCUUUUGAA